AUGGGUGUGGCCAUCAAUCCAUCUGUAUUUGGCGUCUAUGUUGGCAUGCUGCGUCGUAUUGCCAACCAUGAAAUGAAAAAGAUGAAGACGCACGAGCAACAGCUGCAACGUGAAGUUGCGGAAAAGCUAUUGCGAAUCACUUAG